AUGACGCAGUCAGAAUCCUGGCACUGUAACGUGGCAGAUGAUGGCAGCCCGAGUCGCAUGUCGGCGACUCCAGAAAGGACGGACGAUCAGACAACUGUCUCCGAAUCCACCGCUCCUGGUAGUCCUGCUCUGUCGGCAAAGCAUGACCAGGAGUCGGGUACCGGUCGAGUUUUAUCAUACCUCGAUUACAUAUCUACAUCCGACGACGAAGACGGUGAUAUUGCACGACUUGCCAGACCUGAUCCCGUGGCGAUCAACCAACCCACAGUGGAAGACGAGGAAACUGACACUGAAGUACUCACAUUGCCAGCCGUGGACGUAUUAAAUUCGUCAACGCUGCUUGAUGAUUGUGUCGAUGGAAAACAUCUACCAGAGCAGCAGAAACAAAGUGCAGAACACUUUCCGUCAUCACCAGCUGGUCCGUUCUCUCCAGUCCCGGCUUUCGUGCCAUUGCCGUCACCAUCCUUGACCGAGGCACGGUUUAUGCACAGCCCUUCUCCAGAGAACCACUCCUUCCACCCGCCGCAUCCUGGUUUUGUGGGCUAUCCAGCACCAAGAUUUAGCAGUCCGCUUGCAUAUUCCCAUUUUCCUCGAAUGUCUCCCAAUAUGUCUCCAUACGGAACACCACCGCCACCAGUACCGUCAAUGGCAGUGGUCCCUACAGCACCAUCCUCGAUUGCACCUGUUCCGCAUUCUCCUGCCAUGAGUUCUAUUGGUGUCGUCCCUCCAUAUGCCCCUUAUGCUAGUUCCCCGCCACCAACCGAAUACCACUUCCCGUCUCGUGCCUACGGUUAUUCCGAACAAUCUUAUACCUCGGCGUCCCAAGCGGUGCGGGAUUUAUCUCUCAGCCAAGUGCACGAUAACGGGGCCAUCUCGCCACUAGAGAAUGACAGUGAACACAUCGAACUUCUCCAGCGGAUCCAAUCUGCGAUCCCCGAUAUCAGCCGUCUGCUGCACGGGUUCAAAAGCACGCACAGCAAAUUGUCUAGUCGCGAAGCCGAGAUCAAGCAUAUUGGACACCAACACGAACAGGCACUGAUGCACAAGGAUUUCUAUAUUGAAGCCCUGCAGGCACAGAUGCGAAAGACGGCCAACGAGAGCGCUGCAGAAUGCGCCAAAUUGAAAAACACGGUCAAUGAACUGCAACUGGAACUGGGGGACCUCUAUGAGAGACAGAAUGGUCUUGAGGAUAGUUUGGCGGCUCAUCAAAAGUCCAACGAGGAGCUCUCGCAGUCUAAACUCGACCUCGAAGCGCAGAUAACCAAGCUCAACGCCCGUAUCCAGGAAACGCAGCAUGCUCAUGAGAAGGAGAUAGAGAAGCAGCAGAAGGAACGAGACGAAGCUCUUGAAGCACAGAGACUGGAGCUGACCGAGUUAUUUGAGGAGAUCAAGAACGAAGAUGAGAAAACCGCUGCAGAGGCACUCGCGACUCGCGAGAAAGAGUUACUCGACCAACAUGCAGCCAACAGGGCUGGAUGGGAAAAGGAGAAAGCGCAAAUAACAUCACUACUGGAAUUCGAGCGCAACAAUAUGGAGAGUAUCAACGCCGAACUCGCUACAAAGUCUGCAGAGUGCGAGUCCAAGAGGACUGAGCUGGACGCUGCUUUGGCUGAAGUCAAGACGACCCGCGACGACUUGAUGGCUAAGCUGGCAGCGAAACAGAAGGAAUUGGAGGAAACCAAUGUGACCAACAGAAGAGAUCUGGAGGCACUCCACCAAGGCCAUGCUGGUGAACUGGAAUCUUUGCAACACUCCCAUGAAGAGCAUCUAGCUGCUGCAGUCAAGAAAAUGGAAGACCAUACCACGUCCCUGGAAACUAAUUUCAGGGAGCAAGAACAGAAGUGGGCUGAAGAGCGCGCUGUACUGGAGACAUUGCUCUCUGAAAAAGAUAGCGAGCUGUCGAGUUUCGAGCAGCAAAAGGAGAAACUCGAGAUGGACACGCUCAUUAAGGAACAGCAGCUCCAGCGCGCGGCGGAUGAGAUGCGGUCGACCAUCGACCAUCUCGACAAGGACUGUCACAGACUAAGAACGACGCUUCACAGUCUGGGAGAAGCCACCGAUCUCAAAAAUACAAAGGGCGAUCAGUUCUUUUUCGACUGCUUCACUCAGCUCGCGCAUCUGAUCUCUGAUCUGUCCUACGAGCAUUUCUCCUAUCUCCCCGUCGAUCCUCCAACGGAUAUCCUAUCCAAGAUCCCACCCGAGAUCCCCCCGUUCCUCGACAACACUCCAGCCUCUCGCGAGCUUCGCUGUGCCUACGUGCAGCACAUCGUAUCCAAAACGCUUACCUACCGCAUCUUCCAGCCGUUCUUAUUUACUCUGGGCCGGCGAUACGACAAGGCCGACGCAUUCUUCCAAAUGCUGUCCAUGGACAUCCGCCGCAAGUCCGUCUGUUGCGAAGCAUUCUGGAGACAGCAAACCCUCAAAGCAGCCUACACCACCUCGGACGCGAAACAAUCCAUCAACGUCGCCGCUGCCGUCCUCGUGGACGAGAUCAUCGACCAGAUCCAGCACUUCGCUGACCCCAGGCAUCUCGACUCGUUACUCACUGACGUGCGGAAGAUAGUGAAACUAGCAGCCGAGACGUGGCGUUAUGCACGGGUUGAGCACGAACUCGUGCUGGCUGGGUUUCCUGCCCCGGGCGCGGAGAGCGUCGCGAACGAGGACUGGAUGGAGUAUGGGCCAGCAGCGCCAGCAGCAGCGGGAGAACAAGAAGAAAAGAGUUGGGUCUCAGGCCCUCGGAAGAAUCAUCCUAGCGACCAUACUCGCCAUGUGGUGCUGCGGAUUUUCCCUCGCAUCCUGCGCGAGGCUGCCCACGAAGACUUCGCUAGUAGCGAGGAACGUGCUGCAACCUGCAUUUACUCGCCCGGGAUCGUUCUUUACUCUGACUCGCCUGUCAUCCUGGCCCGCCGGGAGGAAUUGGCGACCAUGUCCGCCGAAACUUCUAAUUUCGAGAUGGCUAAGCUCGACACGGCGAGGGAAAUAGACGAUUAUUGCGACAAGAAACUCAUGCUGGAGAAUAUCACCUUGAGUGUUCCGUCGCCGCCUGCGACUCCGGGCGCGAAGGGACUGGUGAGAGCAUAG